AUGCUGCUACAUCCUAUACUAAGGAUGAGCACGAUAGCGCUAUCUACAAUAACCCUCAUCGAUGCAACUAAAGUCCCGCAAUGUGCCCUAUAUGAUAAUUGUGGUAAAACUUCUGUCUUCGGUAGUGAACUACCAUGCGUGAUACCCAAAGAUGAUCUUAGUUUCCAACCGGAACCUCCUACCCAAGAGCUUAGAGACUUCGUCGCCGAUGUUUGUGGAGAAGAAUGGAAAGAUGUAGAUUCAUUAUGUUGUACAAUGGAUCAAAUGAAAAGUUUAAAAGAAAACCUCAAAAAGGCACAUCCUUUAAUUUCUUCAUGUCCAGCAUGUAUGAAGAACUUUGACUCGCUAUUUUGUCAUUUUACAUGUUCUCCUCAACAAAGUGAAUUCGUUAAUGUUACCAAGACUACGAAAUCGAAAACUGAUAAAACAGUAGUGGAUGAAUUAUCUGUGUUUAUGAACUCUUCUUGGGCUUCUGAAUUCUACGAAUCAUGUAAGAAUGUCAAAUUCUCAGCUACUAAUGGUUAUGCAAUGGAUCUUAUUGGUGGUGGUGCUAAGAAUUAUUCUCAAUUUUUGAAAUUUUUAGGUGACAAGAAACCAUUAUUAGGAGGAUCUCCAUUCCAAAUAAAUUAUCUGUACGAUAUCCCACCAUCCUCUGGCAAAGAAGAUGAAUUCGAUUAUUUUAAUGAAUCUGUUUAUGCAUGCAAUGAUGAGGAAUAUAGAUGUGCUUGCUCUGAUUGUGAACUUUCAUGCCCUGAAUUGAAACCGUUGAAGCAAGGUACUCAUACUGUUGCUAAUAUCCCAGUUUUUUCAUUCGUAGUCUUAAUAUUCUACAUUGUGGUUGGUGUCUUAUUGAUCCCAGUUUACCUACAUACUUUAAGAGAAAAGCAAAGAAUAUUAAAGAUUACAGAAUUGGAGUCAGACGAUAGUAUUAAUACCAGUAGUAAUUUGGAAAUCCAACAACAACAAUCUGAUGAGGAUGAGGAUCAUGAAGAAGAAGCUGAUGUCCCAGAUAAUUCUUCGUAUUCUUUGAACAUUUAUAUGUCUCGGGUUUUAACACAAGUUGGCAAAAUUUCAGUCAACAACCCUAAAAUUAUUCUAUCAAUUACCAUUAUCAUUAUCUCAUUUUUCUCAAUCUUAUUCGGUUUGUUUGGAGAAUUAGAAAGAAAUCCUAUUAAUCUAUGGGUUAGUAAAAACUCAGUCAAAUACAAAGAGAAACAAUAUUUUGAUGAACAUUUUGGUCCAUUUUAUAGAACAGAGCAAGUUUUUGUCGUGAACGAGACUGGUCCCGUAUUAUCUUAUGAAACCAUGGAUUGGUGGUUCAAAACAGAGCAAGAAAUUACUGAAUCGUUACAAUCUUCAGAAAAUGUUACUUAUCAAGAUCUAUGUUUUAGACCAACUGAAGAUUCCACUUGUGUCAUUGAAUCUAUGACACAGUAUUUCCAAGGGCAAUUGCCUGAUGAGGAUUCAUGGGAAAGAGAAAUCCGCAGUUGCGCUCGAUCUCCUGUGAAUUGUUUGCCAACCUUCCAGCAACCUUUGAAAGAGGAAUUGCUUUUCAGUGAUCCUAAUCCGUUGGAGGCAAAUGCAUUUGUUGUGACAUUCUUAUUAAGUAACCACAGUGAUUCUGCAGAAUUAUGGGAACAUCAAUUAGAAAAAUAUUUGUUAAACUUAGAUAUACCAGAAGGGUUAAGAAUUAGUUUCAGCACAGAAAUAUCUUUGGAGAAGGAACUAAAUGACAACAAUGAUGUUUUCGUUGUUUGUGCCUCAUAUUUGGUAAUGUUUUUAUACGCUUCUUGGGCUUUAAAAAGAAAAUUAGGUGGUACUAGAAUACUUUUAGGGUUCACAGGUAUCUUAAUUGUUAUAUCAUCCGCAGUUUGUGCUGCUGGUUUAUUAAGUUUCCUAGGUAUUAAAUCGACAUUAAUUAUUGCAGAAGUUAUUCCAUUUUUAAUAUUAGCCAUUGGUAUAGAUAAUAUUUUCCUAAUUACACACGAAUAUGAUCGUUUAAGAGACAGAAUGCCUGAUAUUCCGAUCAAUGAAAUAAUUAUAAAGACAAUUUCGAGGAUAUCACCUUCAAUUAUAUUAUCAUUCCUUUGCCAAGCUGGUUGUUUUUCUAUUGCAGCACUCGUGUCGAUGCCGGCUGUUAGAAAUUUUGCAUUAUAUUCUGCAGUUGCCCUUCUGUUUAAUGUGAUUUUACAACUGACCGCCUACAUAUCUGUUUUAACAUUAUAUGAAAAUUACUUCUUUCAAGACGAAUAUAAACGUGUGACCGAUGGAGACGAUGGAAUGCAGGAUAACGAAGGUGCGUUUAAAAAGAGUUACGAGAAAGUCUUAAAGAAGAAAACGUACAUUUUAUGCUUCUUCGUAAUAUGGACUGCUGCGUCGUUAUUUUUCAUCCCAUAUAUUGAAUUCGGAUUAGAUCAAACGAUGGCAAUCCCACAAACAUCAUAUUUAGUAGAUUAUUUUCAUGACAUAUAUGAUUAUUUAAAAGUUGGACCACCAGUAUAUUUCGUCAUUAAGAAUCUAAAUUUAAAGGAAAGAGAAAAUCAACGGAAAAUAUGUGGUAAAUUCACUACAUGUGAUCAGUAUUCUGUUGCUAACAUUUUAGAGAAGGAAAGGUCAAGAUCGACAAUUGUUGAACCUGUAGCUAACUGGUUUGAUGAUUUUAUGACUUUUUUGAAUCCACAAUUGGAUCAAUGCUGUCGUUUCAAAAAAGGAACAACAGAUGUAUGUCCACCAUUUGCAUCACCAAGAAGUUGUGAAACAUGUUACAAACAAGGUGAAUGGGAUAUUACUAUGCAAGGGUUCCCGGAAGGAGAUCAGUUUAUGAAAUUCUUUGAUAUGUGGAUUGAUACACCAAGUGAUCCAUGCCCUCUUGGUGGCAAAGCUCCAUAUUCCACAGCAGUUUCCUAUAGCGAAACUGGUAUAAUCUCAUCAACUUUCCGUACUGCACAUAAGCCGUUAACGUCACAGAAGGAUUUCAUUGAUGCCUAUAAUGAUGCCAUCAGAAUAUCAGAAUCAUUUGAAGGUUUAGAGGUUUUUGCUUACUCUCCUUUCUAUAUAUUUUUUGUUCAAUAUCGAACCUUACUAUCAUUGACUUUGACGCUAGUGUUUAGUGCUUUAGCAUUGAUUGCAUUUGUUUCUGGAAUCUUACUAGGAUCGUUGAAGACUGCCCUGUUGGUAUCUGUUAUUGUCUCUAUGGUCAUGAUUGAUAUUGGAUCAAUUAUGGUUUGGGCGAAUAUUCCAUUAAAUGCCGUUAGUUUAGUGAAUUUGGUCAUUUGUGUUGGUUUGGCUGUGGAAUUUUGUAUUCAUAUUGUCAGAGCUUACACUGUUGUACCCAAAGGAAUAGACACUGAUCGAGAUUCAAGGGUAUUAUAUGCAAUGAGUACUGUCGGUGAAUCUGUAUUGAAAGGUAUUACAUUAACGAAGUUUAUUGGUGUAUGUGUCUUAGCAUUUGCCCAAUCCAAGAUUUUUGAAGUUUUUUAUUUCCGUAUGUGGUUUUCUUUGAUCAUUGUUGCAUCUAUCCAUGCUCUAUUGUUUACACCUGUAUUGCUAUCCUUUAUUGGUGGUGAUUAUUCAAUUGAUAAAAUGUUGGAAGACAGUUCUAAUUGA